GUCCGCCUUAAACAUGGCAGCGCCCAUGAAGAGCGUGCGAUAGAUGUUGUGUAGAGCGUCAAAGAUCAACCACUUCCCGAUGUCACCUGCUUAAUGCCGAAGUCCUCGCGUACAAUAUGGAUAGAAGAGAGUUCACAGCCUCCCUUGUGGCAGGCGGUUGUGCAGGAAUGUGUGUAGAUCUCACUCUCUUCCCUCUGGACACCAUAAAGACAAGGUUGCAGAGCCAGCAGGGCUUCUACAAGGCGGGCGGGUUCAGAGGGAUCUACGCAGGGGUCCCGUCAGCUGCUAUAGGCUCCUUUCCCAACGCCGCUGCGUUCUUUGUCACCUACGAAAGCACGAAGUCGUUACUCGCAGGCUACAGUGCUUCAAGCUUGGCCCCCGUCACUCACAUGCUGGCCGCAUCACUCGGGGAAAUUGUUGCCUGUCUGAUCCGUGUCCCGACUGAAGUGGUGAAGCAAAGGACACAGGCCAGUCCAUCUCUCACUACCUACAGGGUCCUGCUGAAUACACUACAAGAAGAGGGAUUCAGAGGCUUGUACAGAGGUUAUGGCAGUACAGUACUUAGGGAGAUCCCAUUCUCACUGGUGCAGUUUCCGCUCUGGGAAUACCUAAAGGCCAUGUGGCGGAGAAAGCAGGGGGGACGGCUGGACUCUUGGCAGGCAGCAGUGUGCGGAGCUCUUGCAGCACAUUUCCAUCGGCUGAUCAGGGCUGAUGUCAUGCCACAUAUUUACUUUUAUGCUUGGUGGUGGAGUAGCAGCGUUCGCCACGACCCCGCUAGAUGUUGCGAAGACUUGGAUAAUGUUGGCCAAGGCUGGGACGAGCACAGCCAGUGGAAACAUCCCAGAGGUUUUGUAUGAGGUGUGGAAGAGCCGAGGAAUAUCUGGGCUGUUCGCCGGCAGCAUCCCCAGAGUGACGUUCAUCAGCAUGGGAGGCUUCAUUUUCCUCGGUGCAUAUGAGAAAGUGCGCCGUACGCUUUUGUAAACGCCCAAGCCGCGGGUCGGCUUGUACCGGACAUCUUUCUUCAACCCAACCUCUGUCUGCACGGCCCAAACUGCAAAACACGGUCAGAGACCAGGAGCAAACGGCAGACGACAGAUCGGUGGAGGUUGGUCAAAUCUGACUGAGAAAUGCACCCUCUGUCCCAGUUUGAACCGGUGGUCUUGAGGGCCACGGCGAGGACACCUGGUGCCUGGAUAAAAAGAUCACAUAACACAGCGGUUUGCAUUCCUGCUCAUCAGUGCACAACAGAUUGAGUUUAACUGCCUGAAUUCCACUUAUGUUGCAACACAGAUCAAAUUCAAACUAGGUAUCUUUUUUGCAAGCUUGCGUGGAUCUAUUAAAAAAAAGUUAUUUUACAAAAAUGAUUCAUCCGUUUGUUUUAAAGUGCGCCCCUUAUGGAUUUUUGAAAAUUAGCAUGCAGUUAAUGAAAACAUCCAGAAAAGUUAUAAAUCUGAAAGUGCACCGUCUGUAAAUGUAUUAUCUCUCAAAAGAGUUCGAAAGAGUCGACUCCGAAUCACUGAAGCGAGUCUUUUUGUGAACGAGUUCCCAAGCCAUUUUAUGUUCAUGUCAGAAUGAAAUAUUAGCAUACUACCUCCCGCUUGUUGGUGUUUUCGCCUUGGAAAAUGCUAAUUCAAGCCACUUUUGGAGUUAAAAACUCACAAAACUGCUUUAAAUGAAAUCGAACAAUCACCGGAGGAGUUUAGUAAAAUGAAUAUUUGAACAAACAAUAUGCAUUUAAUUUAACCUUAUAAGAAAAUGAGUGUUUUUUUGACCUUGCAUGCUUGUCAUAAUGUAGUUUGGGACUCCAAAACCAAAAUAUGAACCUCUCAUAUACUAAACUCUUCGCUAACGAGUUGAAAAUCGUUACCAAUAGUAUUCCAGCGGAUUAUAGUUACAUGUUGAGUCUAGACUUUGAUCCCCAAGCUUGCUCUACCUGCUUUACUAUUAUUAGCUGAAAAAAAACACCCGUUGAAAAAGGCAGAUUAGUUCCCAGGUGUGAAUGUUUGUCAGACCUACUUCUUUCUACUUUAACCACCUUUCACUGGAACGUACUUUCUGUCUAAACACAACUCAGAUAAUACUGAUGAAGAGCGAAGAGAAACAGAUCAAAUUUAGCUAAAUAUAAAAGUUACAAUUUUCAGCAUCAUUACUGCAUUCUUAAGUGACACAUAAUCUUUCCGAAAUGAUUCUAAUAUGCCAUUUUUUUUAAUGUUGAAAACAACCGUGUGGCUUAUAUAUAAUAAAUGUAUACAUUUAUGCUGUUUUGGGAUGGAUCAAAUUAAAACAUCAUGCUUUUUAUCUGACACAAAAUUGACAAAUUGAGUUAUUUUAUAUUUUGUGACAUUAGCUUUUAUUUUUUUGUUAAAAAAAUGCAUCUUCAAUAAACGUAAAAUAUUCUUUCAUAAACAUCACCAG